AUCAUUCAGCGCCCCCUGCAGGAGUAGCACGGAACACUUUACAUAAUAGCCAGAUACAAAGCGGCAAGGAAGAACAAACACAUUCCCACACUACUGAGACAACUGACUUGCUAGAAACAGUUAUCUUAGAAAGCUGACUUAUAAAGAAACGACAUGUUCCUGUACGUUGUUGGUCUCAUUGUCUUGCUCUUUGUCUAUCGGUGGUUCAGAGAACUGGGAAAAGUUCCCAACAAAUCGGAGAAGUUUGUGUAUAUCACAGGCUGUGACACAGGUUUUGGGAAUCUCUUGGCCAGACACCUGGACACAAAGGGUUUCCGUGUCAUCGCAGGCUGCUACACAGAGAAGGGAGAGGAUGAGCUGAAGAAGGCCUGCUCCGACAAACUCACAGCGCUGCAUUUGGAUGUCACUGAUAAUGACAGCAUUAAAAAAACAGCCGACACCAUUAAAACCCUGGUGGGACAGAAGGGUCUGUGGGCCGUGGUCAACAAUGCUGGUAUCUCUUUCCCAACUGCUCCCAACGACUGGCUGGAUAUCGAGGACUUCAAACAAAUGAUCGAUGUCAAUCUGAUCGGGGUUGUAGCCGUUACUCUGAGUGUGUUACCGCUCAUUAAGAAAGCCCAGGGCAGAGUGGUCAACGUGGCCAGUGUGUUUGGACGGAUUAGUAUCGUGGGAGGGGCGUACUGCAUUACUAAGUAUGGAGUAGAAGCUUUUAAUGACAGUCUAAGGAGGAACAUGGCACCGUUUGGAGUGAAGGUUUUAUGCAUUGAACCUGGAUUCUUCAAAACAACUGUUACUGACUCCACUGUCUUUGAGAGUCAUAUGGAGAGAUUAUGGAAGAAGUUGCCUCAGGAGGUGAAGGAUGAGUACGGCGGUGACUUCAUCGACAAAACAAAGCUGGCGGUUAAGGAUAUUGAGAAGAUUGUGGAUCCAGAUCUGAUGAAGGUGGUGAGCUGUAUGGAGCAUGCUGUGGCUGCGGUCCAUCCCCGUACCAGAUAUUCUCCAGGCUGGGAUGCCAAGUUCUUCUGGCUGCCUCUCUCCUACAUGCCAACCUUCAUCUCGGAUGCUUUCGUCUUAAAAAACGCAGUUAAACCCAAAGUUUCAGUUCUGUAAGCAUAAACAGCCACUUUGUGCCAUGCUCUUGCAGCAUACUGAGACGUGAUGUAAUACUUUAUAUUGUAAACAAACAUAUAUCAAUUAAUUAAUACUUAAUGUACAUUUUUACAAUAAUGAAUUUAAAUAAAAACAAAAUUUAAAAAAAUGUUUUAGAAUCCAGACGUACUACAUCCGU